GAUAGUCAGCUGCGGUGAGGAUGAAAUAGCGUUACCCUUAGCAUUUUACGACGGAAAGAAACAAUCGGCGUGAAAAUGAUUAUGAUCAUUCUAUUUGGGGCGCAGAUCGAUGUACUGCGGGUGUUUUGAUUUUGAUGAUUCAGACUUUUUACAGCGAGAAGAACAAGCGUGAAGGGAAGAAACAGCAUCUCUUACUUGCAUAUAUUGGCGGUAUGUAGACACACGCAAAAGAUGCGUUACCCAGCCACCUACCCCUACCGAAGUGGAGUUUCGUUUCGCCCACGCAGCGGGCGAUCUGCUCCUCAAAAAUGUGGAGGCCCCGUCGAACUUCUAUCUAUCGAUGUGAGAUUCAGGGGGACGCGAGGGCUUGGAACAGGAGGUGGACUCGCACUCUCUGCAGCAAGGCGAGAUCGUGCCGCUUCAUCCCUGGUGCAGCUAGCUCUCGGGAGGAAUCAAACCGGAUGCUUAUUUGCCCGGACGAGUCAAGACCAGCAAUUCGCGUGUCGUUUCGCACAGAAAUGCGCGAGCUUUACGACCACAAGCGCAGGAGCGUCGUCUUCGGCGAGCGCACCACCUGCUGAGCCACGUCGUACACAUGAUGAUGCCAAAAAUGAUGCUGCAGGAAUAACUGCGAAUUCGCAGAGCGCAUCGGUCCCAAGGUCCACUAGAAAUGCAGCGUCACAUCGUGACCUGCCUCUGGGCAUGACGUCAGGAGUACAGUAUGGAUAUAAAACAGAAGGUGCAAAGAGCUCUUCUUCGGCAUCCUCCAACGGAUCACCACCGACCGCAUCCAACUUAGGCGGGACUUUAUGUAGUUCGAUUUCUAGUGGUUCCACGACCGUAUCGACAUUGGCAGGAGCAGCCGCGCCCGCGUCAUCAGCUUGUACAACUUCAUCGCAGUUGGUCUCUGUGCCAAGUCUAAAUACGGCGGUGGGCGCGUGGCUUUUAGGCACAGCAGGCAUGCUGUUUGGAAUGAUUGUGAUUGGCGGUUACACACGACUCUCUGGCUCAGGGCUAUCCAUGACGAAAUGGGAGUUUCAGGGCACCUUGCUCCCUGCAAACGAAGAACUAUGGCAGCAGGAGUUCACAGCCUACAAAGAAACACCGGAGUACAAGAAAUUACAUGCUGGAACGAUGGACCUCGACGGCUUCAAGCGAAUUUAUUUAGGCGUAGCAAUUAGAAAAGACUCACUAGUAGUCGUGUAGAAUUAUUGAUUAAUAGAGUUACCCACCUAAUAGAUACAAUAAUACAUAUUUGUAUAUAGUAUAGACAAUCUUCAACAUCGACUACAUCGAGAUGAUGAUCAUAAGACCAGCACGUCACAAUGUGCCUCCGGUAUCGUGGCAACUGGAAGGUCAUUCUUCAUUUUUGUUUGUUUCGAAAAUUCCCUACUGGAUCCUCCUUCAUUGACAUUCGUCGAGUGGUUUCAUCGGAUGUGGGGUCGAGGGUUAGGGCUUGUUUUCGGUCUUCCUCUAUUGUAUCUCGGUGCCUAUCGCCGGGCACUGACUCCGAUGUUGGGCGCGAGGCUUGGUGGGCUACUCGUUCUAGGCGCUUCGCAAGCCUUCAUCGGAUGGUGGAUGGUCCGAAGUGGUUUUGUGGACCCAAAGGAACACAUGCCGCAUUCUGAUAACAAAGUUCCGCGGGUUUCUGCCUACCGACUCGCGACUCAUCUGGCGGCUGCACUAACGAUCUACGGUGGAGUUCUUUACACCGGGCUGAGAGUGUUGCAGACGCCCAGCCUUCUGGCUGGCAAACCCAGUGCUGGUUCAGGAGGACUGGACACUGUCGCUAAAGCAUUUUCAAGACACGCAGCACUUCGAAAGCUUGCUCUUAUGCAAGCUGCAAUUGUGAGCACAACGAUAAUAUCAGGCGCGUUCGUUGCCGGGAACGAUGCGGGGUUAGAUUACAACACCUGGCCGAAAAUGUUGGACGACUGGGUCCCCGACAAAGUACUAUCCUUGUACGAGGUUUUCAUCUUCAAGCACAUGUGGACGAGUAGCCUAGGCACGUAUUUCUUCUCCUGAUGGGAAGUCGAGAAUGAGUCACUCUUUCCAAAUUAAGUAUGCGAAAGCAGAAACGAAUACGAAAGCUCUCUUUAUCCCCGCUUCAUGAUCUUUAUUGAUGAUAUUGGCACCUGCAUUCAAGAUUCCAGCUUCAUAAUUUCUUCGUGAUCUAGUUUUGCACUAGGUGACAUCCGGAUACGCCAAAGCAGUUAGCGAUCCUCGCAUUCUGUUCGAAGACACUGCGUGCGUGCAAUUCAAUCACCGCAUGCUUGCUUAUUUUUCGGCAGGAUCAGCGCUUGCCCUCUCGGUAACUGCGCGAAAGUGGCGAGCUUUGGUAUCCCCACAAGCUCUUUUUUGGGCAGGCUACGCGUUGCCCGUGGCAGUAUUUGGCCAAAUCGGACUCGGAAUCACGACGCUCCUGCACUGUGUCCCUGCACACCUUGGGGUCUUGCAUCAGGCUGGCGGAGUCACGGUCCUCUCGGCUUUGCUCGCUUUAAUUGCGAGUCUGGGUUGA